AUGGGGCCGGAUCAACAGCCGCAAAUAGAUGGCUUUGGGUUGACCUUCCCAUUCCCUAUUCGGAUCGCUACCCUCUUAGUUGCUGGGUUUUGGGGAUGGGCGAUCAACCUACACUUCCUGGCAAAGGCCAAUAUUGACGUCCCUGCACUUAUCCGAUACCCAUCCUCCACUCAACGGCCACACCAUGCCUCCGCCUAUCGACUAGCCACCAUCUUCACCAUCCCACUCACCCUCUGGUUGAUCGUCUUCUGGAUCGUCACACACUGCCAAUUUGAGCUAGUUGGGCGCUUCGACUAUAUCCCGCAGUCCGUCUUCAUCAUCCUCCUCUUGAUCCUGAUCUGGCCAUUCAACCGGGCUUCCCGGGCAGGCCGCAUCCGCCUCCUUCUGACACUGAAACGGGUCGCUAUCGGAGGUCUUGCGGAGUCGCAUGAUGGCAAGUUUGGCGAUGUUCUGUUGGCGGAUGCCCUGACCAGUUAUGCGCGGGUUUUGGGGGAUCUUUAUAUCAGCUUCUGCAUGUUCUUUACCGACGGACUGUCCGCGACCUCCAAGCCCAAUCGUGCUUGCGGGAAGGACUUUAUCGUGCCCAUUAUUAUCGCAGUGCCGAGUGCGAUCCGACUGCGCCAGUGUCUGACGGAAUAUGUGCGAUCACGCCGUACAACCUCGCGCCGGGAAUCGAGCAAGGGAAAUCAGCACUUGGCCAACGCCUUGAAGUAUUCCACCGCGUUCCCGGUCAUUUACUUGACCGCCACACUCCGCAACUAUAACCCGCUCGACUUCCACGGUUUCAGCGAGGUGACCAUUAUGCGUCUUUUGUUCAUUUUCUCGUGCAUCAAUUCUGGUUACUCGUUCUGGUGGGACGUUGUGAAGGAUUGGGACUUCACACUAUUCUCCCCAAAUCGCCUGGACCGUGAUCAUCCAUACGGUCUGCGCCGACACCGCAACUUUUCUUCCGAUCGGUUGUACCACUACGUCAUAAUCGCGGAUCUUGCCCUCCGAUUCUCAUGGCUGUGGCGCGUGAUCCCGGGUCUCACAUGGCUUCCUGAAACCGAAUCUGGCUUGUUCCUGCUUAUGUUCCUAGAGGUCGCCCGUCGUUGGAUGUGGGUCUUUUUCCGGGUUGAAGCCGAAUGGAGUAAGUUCUACCUGUCUCACCUAGCCUGCAAUGAGCCGUCUGCCAGCCAGAUACGUCCCGGGCAUUACAGCUUCGAUUUCUUUGGGCCAAUUGCUGACCACCUUUUUUCUUGUGCAACAGUUCGGAACACCCAAGGCCCCGGCCUAGACGAUGUUCUGCUUGGCGACUUCAACCACAAGUUCGACGCAGAUUAA